AGCAUCUCUUCCGUGACUCCGUCCAUGAUUUAUUUAUCACCCGACCUUCCAUCCCGUCAUCUCCCUGCUUCUCCCUUCCUACUCCCUUCUCAUCAUACCUUCUUGGAGCCCUUUGUAUCCUGUUCCCUAGGCCUGGGUGCGUGAGCGACUACAACCAUCACACCCGACCGGGUCUGCCGUCAUCCUUCCCUUUUCUCGCCAAAUCUCGCGCCUCUGAGCGCAAGACCCUCCGAUCAUGGGUCUCUCCAAGACCAACAGGAUCUUAAUCCUGUUGGCGAUCGAUACGGCAUUCUUCUUGUUAGAAUUGAUUGCUGGUUAUAGCGUUCACUCCCUUGCCCUGGUCGCAGACUCCUUUCACAUGCUGAAUGAUGUCCUAUCGUUGUGUGUGGGAUUAUGGGCCGUCAAAGUCGCUAAUCGCGAAACCAACUCCAAGAUGUACACCUACGGGUGGCAACGCGCGGAAACACUUGGUGCGCUGGUAAACGGCGUCUUCCUUGUCGCCUUGUGUCUAUCCAUUUUCUUGGAAGCUAUACAGAGACUGGUUGAACCUCAGGAAGUGAAGAACCCGAAAUUCGUCUGCAUUGUCGGAUGUCUCGGCCUGUUGUCGAACAUAAUUGGUCUUGUUCUAUUCCAUGAUCACUCCCAUGGACAUGGGCACAGUCAUGGCCAUGGAGACCUCGAGGAAGGCUCAGACAUUGAGCAUGAGCAUGCUGCGGACCAUGACCACGACCAUGACCAUGUUCACGCCGAUGGUCAAGGCAACAAUAUUUCACUGACGAAGCCGAUCAAGCACGCCGAACCCUCCUCUCCCUAUUCUCGCCGACGCCGGACCCUCGACAGCCAACACCGUGGCUCGCGCCGCUACAGUGGCGCGACCGCCCGUGGAUAUGUCGACGUGGAAGACAUCCAAGUGCAUCCCGCUAGCCUGAGACAGGAGAUUAUCGCGGCCAGUAGAAAUCGUUAUGAUGAUGAGCAGUCCGGAUCGGACAGCGAUCUACAAGAGGGCGCAGGCAAUCAUCCAUCAGAGCGGUCUGCCCUCCUUGGUCACAGCGACCGUACAGGUAAAUAUACCGAUGACGCUGAAGUACCCGCUCGAGGACGAAACACUGCAGGGGAUGACGAUCUUCACAAGUCCCACAACCACGCUCAGCCCAAACCCAGGGACCAAGGACACGGCCAUGGCCACGGACACGACCUCAACAUGCGGGGUGUCUUCCUCCACGUGAUGGGCGAUGCGCUGGGCAACAUUGGUGUCAUCGUUUCUGCUCUCAUCAUCUGGCUGACUGAUUACUCUUGGCGAUUCUACGUGGACCCCGGCAUUUCGCUGGUUAUCACCGUGAUCAUUCUGCUCUCCGCCAUCCCCCUAUGCAAGGCUGCCUCGCGGAUUCUUCUGCAAGCAGUGCCACAUGGACUCAGUAUCGAUCACAUCAAGGAGGACAUUGAACGACUACCUGGUGUCAUCGGCUCUCACCACCUGCAUGUAUGGCAGCUGAGCGACACGAAGAUUGUCGCUUCUAUCCAUAUCCAGGUGGACACGGAAAUCAAGGGUGAAGGCUCGGAACGCUACAUGCGUCUGGCCAGGCAGGUGAGAAAAUGCCUGCACGCCUAUGGAAUCCAUUCCUCGACGAUUCAGCCGGAAUUUGCUCCCGACAGCGACGCUGAGGAUACCCUUACUGCGCCCUCAUAUGCCCGUGCAGGCAGCAUCGGACCCUCCACCUCGGGUACUCUUCCCAGCCGCACACCCAGUGUACCCGACGGCGAUUCGCAGGCGUGCCUCCUGGAAUGCGGCGAGGAGUGUGCCCGGGGUGGCCAGUGUUGCCCCAAGAAGUCACCGUGA